AUAAUUGAUAAUGCCUACAACAAUGACACAGCCAUCAACAAACUCAGCUCUGUGUAUGGCUUCUGUGCCAGCAAUCAACGCCUCCAUUGCGCUUGCCACAUACUCAACCUUGUUGGCCAAACUAUUAUGUUUGGCACUGACUCUGACUCCUAUGAUAAUGCACCUGAGAAC